AUGGCAGAUCCAACAGUUACAGAAGAAUGGAUUACUGCGUCCGAUGGUGCUGAGCUAUUCACAAUGCAAUGGAAGCCCGCGCGCGAAUCCCCAGUAGCAACUGUAGUCUUUUGUCAUGGUUUUGGAGAACACGUAAAACGUUACUGUCACGUAUUUGAUAAAUUUGCGAAAGCUGGGAUUGAAGUAUAUGGUUAUGAUCUUCGCGGAUUCGGUCAGACGGGUGAAAAGAGCAAGAGACUUGGUGUCACUGGUGGAAUGGCCGUCACAUGCUCAGAUAUUACCGAUGCACUCAGGAAGCAACGUAGAGAAGGAGUUCCCCAAUUCCUUAUGGGACACAGUAUGGGUGGUGGGAUUGUCGCUCACUAUGCAACAGUAGGAGAAGAACGGUCUAAUCUGGCUGGUAUCAUUCUAAGCGCCCCCUUUAUUGAUCAACCUCCCAAGAUAAAACCGUCCGAGUUGAAAGUCUACGCCUGCACUGCCCUCUCCAAGAUCAUGCCAAGUUUCCAAAUGAAAGUCGUGAUAGAUGAAAAAGGAAUCAGUCAUGACCCCCAAGAGGUGGAUAAAUAUGUAGCCGAUCCACUUAUCCAUGGAAUCGGUUCACUCGGAGGGUUGGCUGAUCUUAUAUGGAGUGUACGCAAAGUACAACGACAAACAUAUAAGGAAAUAACUUUACCGGUUUUGAUUGCUCACGGAAACAAGGAUCCGAUAACAUGUUUCAAAACUGCAAAACAACUUUUUGAUAAAAUUCCAUCAACUGACAAAACCUUCCGCGAGUGGGAUGGACUCUAUCACGAACUUCAUAACGAAUAUGAAAAAGAUCGAGUUAUCGAAGAGUACAUUGAUUGGAUCCUAAAGCAUACUGGAGGAAAGAAAUGA